UUGAAAGCUGAUACAGAUUUCAUGUGGACCAGUGAGCGGACAUCCUUCUCAAUUGACUGGGGUUUCUACUGUGAUACAGAAGCUAAACUAUCAGUUGCUUCCAGCUUCUUUUUCAUUGGAGCAUGUAUAGGCUUGCUGUCAUCUACUGCUAUAUUCGACAGAGUUGGAAGAAGGAAUGGUGCAAUAUUUGGGUCUGUCAUAGCAGCAUCGGCUACUGUAGUGGGAACCUGGAUACCGUCUUAUGAGGGCAUGCUCGCUAUCAGGAUCUUUCAAGGGUUCGGUCAGUUUAUAAACUUUACUGGUGUGUACUGUUGGGUUGUCGAGUUCGCACCAACCACUCUGAGGACCUCUAUCAGCGCCCUCGUCCUUAUAUGCUGGUCUUUGGGUUACUUGCUUACUGUAUUGAUCAGUUAUCUCAUCCCAGUGUGGAACUACAUUUUCCUUACACUCGGUAUCCUCAACUUUAUCCUGAUCGCUCCACUGCUGAUCUAUCCCAUAUCUCCAAGAUUUUCUUUAGUUCGUGGAAGGGAAGAAGAGGCAAAGAGAACCCUGGAAGCGUUCUCUCGUAUCUGCAACAACGAGACCUCGCUAGACACAGUGAACCUCACCUACACUUCACGAGUGCAGAACUACUGGGAGCAGAUCAAGGACUUCAAAAAGUACCCAACCAUGUUGAAGGAGACCUUGCUGUGCAUGAUAACCUGGUUUGUAGUGGCUAACCUGUUCUACGGUUUCUCCUUUGGGUGGGGUAAAAUAUCAGAUAACCUCUAUGUCAGCUACCUGUUUGCUGCGCUGGGUAAAGUCCUGGCCUUUUCCCUGACCAUACCCGCGUGUAGAGUGAUGGGGAGAAAGAAGGCGAUGCUCUUCUUCCUCGUCUGCGGUAUUCUGUCCAAUUUCCUUGCCAUGCCUGACGUACAGAUCAACGAUAAGUGGACCCUGGAGUUCGUGGCCUGCCUCCUGGGUAGCAUUGCUAUCUCCGCUGCGUUUGCAGUCAUCUACAUCUACACGUGCGAGCUGGCACCGACCUCCCAUCGCGGCAUGGUCAUGUCUCUGAGCUCCAGCUGUGCCCGAGUGGGCAGCUUCAUCGGUACUUAUACCAGUCUGCUAUACGACAUCACGGACAGACGGGUACCUCUGGGUAUGUUUGCCGGGAUGACGAUCGUGUGUGGGGUGGCGGUGUUCUUCCUGUCCGACACGACCGACAGGAGGGUUCCGGAGACACCGCAUGAUGUGGAGGUGUUGACUGGGAACAAGAAGUAUCAGCAGGUUCAGGAUGAGAAGGAGAUGUUGUGAACAGUGAUUCAUUAGAUAUGUAAAUAUUGAAUACUAUAGUGCAACCCUUGCAUACGGCCGGGACUUCAUUAUCGCAUUUGAAAUACA